UCGAAUAUUUCUUCGUAAUUCUCAACUAUGUAUAAGUGACAUCACAAUGUUUUAGGUAAAGAGACGACGAUAUGGUUCAUCAUCCAAAAGGCCAGCCAGUAGUACGGCGAGAAUCUCUUAUACGAAACACACUUUUAGUAAAUGAAGCAACCAUUCAUGUGAAAAAUGGAAGUUACAAUAAGGCCAUAUUUUUAUACAAUCAAGCACUGGAGUUAAAUCCAAACGACAAGAACGCCUUGAUAGCGCGGAGCAAAUGUCAUCUUUUACUGGGUGAUCCGCAAAAGGCUCUGGACGACGCUGAAGCGGCUUUAAGACUGAACCCUAAGGAUUCUAGCAAGUCCAAAGCGGUAUACUGCAAGGCAGAAGCUCUCUAUCAUCUCGGCGACUUCGAAAUGAGUUUGGUGUAUUAUUACCGUGGGAUGAGGAUUCGUCCGGAAUUCGGCGAAUUUCGCCUUGGUGUCCAAAAAGCAAAAGAUGCGAUACAGAAUAUGUUACGUAAGAAUUAA